UGGGUGACAGAGCAAAACUCUGUCUCAAAAAAAAAAAAACCAAAAAAAGAAGAAGAAGGAAGUGGCUUGAGCAUCUCUGGGCUGGCAGAAGACAAGGAGAAUAACUAGAAAUUAGAUGAGGCAUUCUCUAAAAUCUCGUGGCUUGGAAUCCAUGAGGACUCCAUUAACUGGCGACACCUGUCUGAACUGCUGUGGUCUCACACCUCCCAGUCUGGAGAUGAGAUGACAUCUCUGUCAGAGUAUGUGUCUCGCAUGAAGGAAGCACAGAAGUCCAUCGAUGACAUCAUUGGUGAGUGCAAAGAGCAGGUGGCCAACUCUGCUUUUGUGGAGCAAGUGUGGAAGCAGGGUUUCGAGGUACUAUAUAUGAGUGAGCCCAUUGAUGAGUACUGUAUGCAGCAGCUCAAGGAAUUUGAUUGGGAGAGCCUGGUCUCAGUUACCAAGAAGGGUCUAGAGCUACCUGAGGAUGAGGAGGAGAAGAAGAAAAUGGAGGAGAACAAGGUGAAGUUUGAGAACCUCUGCAGGCUCAUGAAAGAAAUCUUAGAUAAGAAGGUUGAGAAGGUGACAAUCUCCAGUAGGCUUGUGUCUUCACCCUGCCACAUUGUGACCAGCACCUACGGCUAGAUAGCCAAUGUGAAGUGGAUCAUGAAAAGCCCGGGCGCUUUGGGACAACUCUAUCAUGAGUUGUAUAAUGGCUAAAAAGCACUUAGAGAUCAACCCCAACCACCCCAUUGUGGAGACACUGCAGCAGAAGGCUGAGGCAGACAAGAACAACAAGGCUGUCGGUGACCUGGUGGUGCUGCUGUUUGAAACCACACUGCUGUCUUCUGGCUUCUCCCUUGAGGAUCCUCAGGCCCAUCCACCUGCAUCUACCACAUGAUCAAGCUAGGUUAGCUAUUGAUGAAGAUGAAGUGGCAACGGAGGAACUCAGUGUUGCUGUUCCUGAUGAGAAUCACCUCCCUUGGGGGCAAUGAGGAUGUGUCUCACAGGGAAGAAGUAGAUUAAGAGUUUAUACUUGGAAACCUUGUGCCCCGUGGCUCCCACUGCAGCUUUGAGUGGUCCUGUCCCACCUGGCUCUCUCUGUUGAUACCUGGUAAUUUUUUCUUUCCAGUCCUUGUGUCUAAGGCAGGAAACAAGGGUGUCAAACCCCAUUCCCUCCCUACACUGACAGCAGAAUUGGAUGUUGUGUAUCAUGUUUUUUUUGUUGUUGUUUAUUUUGUUCUGAAAUUAAAGAAUGCAAAAUAAAGAAUAUGCUGUUUUUAUACAGUAAGAAAAACACAAAGAAUUAUUAUUUCUGGGGAUUAGCGACUAAAAGAGGAUGAAGGAAAAACAAUUCUAAAACAUACCCUAGAGCUGAGAGACAUUUACCAAAGAGACAAAUUUGGAUAGGGAUCCUUUCUUUGAAGUUGGAAUUCAGAAAUUACUGGCAAGGAUGUGGCAGCUCAUCAGAGAACUUCUUCCCUGGGCCAGAGCUGGUCCACAGUUGGUAGGCCAGUAUCGGUAGGUAGGGAACCACCAGUCAAAACUGGCAACAAAUUUUGCUGAAGGGUGAGCGCCACAGGGUGUAUCACUUGCAUGUCUCUGGCAGCUGGCACAGAAGCACCCUGAAACCAGAAAGAAAUGUACUACUUCAGAGCCAUCUCUUGACAAAGCUUAUUACUAGCUGGCAAAAAGAGAAAUGUUUACAGGGUCCAAGAAGGCAGUGAAAUGUAGAUUAGGAGGAACCCGAAGGCAAUAAAUUGAUAACUGGCAUAAUGUCUUGUAAUCUAAUAGUGUCAGUCAUCUUUUUUUCAGAAUUCUUUUGCUAUUCUAGGUCCUUUGCAUUCCCAUAUACAUUUUAGAAUUCCUUCUCAGUUUCUACAGUAAAACUUGCUGGGAUUUUGAUUGAGAUUAUGUUGAAUCUGUAGAUUAAUUUGGGUACAGUUGACUUCUAAUACUGUGGAGUCUUCACAUUCAUGGACAUGAUGUAUCUCUCCAUUUACUUAGGUGGUCUUUAGUUUCCUUCAGAGUGUUUCAUUGUUUUCACUAGAGGCAUUGAACAUCUUGAUUCUUAAGUAGUAUAAAAUUGCUAUUGUAAAUGAGAUUGUUUUUUAAAUUUCAUCUAACAGUGUUUGCUGCUA